AAAAAUGAAUUUGCUGUUUAUUGUAAUAUUAAAAAUGCAUUCUGCGCUCCAUACUUGUGCCUAAGUCCGAUUCCCAAACGUCACCGGCGACAGUACAAAGCUACGUACUUGAAAGCUUCGCCGUACUGAUGACCGGGUACACCGACUAUACAAACGCCCUAGAGAAAAUCAUGGCGGACGUGGCUACGAUACUGCAGGAGAGGCUUGACAAAGCCAAAGAAAAUCUACAAAGCGUCGAUGAGAACAUUCGUAAACUGACAGGAAGGGAGCCGGGGGAAAGGAGAUUGCCAGAGACUGGCUUGACUGGUGAUCGUGGCAGAGACAGGGAUCAACACAGACUGUCACUGGGGAUCCCAGGACCAAGGGGCAGGGGUAGAGGCAGAGGAGGUGGAGUGCAAAGGGCAGAUGCUUUUCAGCGUUUGGGCUUACCUAUCAUUAGGAGACAAAGCACUGGCAGUGCAUUCAGCAGGCUGGGAGGCCGUGUGGAUGGACCGCAGCCCAAGCGCCCACGGAGGAAGACUAAUGAUGAUGAUGAUGAUCUGCCUAAGCACACCAUCCAAUCCUCUGUUGUAGCUACCCCUAAGGUGGUCAAAACACGCCAAGAAUCCAUUCAGGAACAGAGCAAGGAUGUCCAAGGACAGAAAAGGAAUCGGCGAAUGUUUGGUCACCUGUUGGGUACUCUGCAGAAAUUCAAACAGGAGUCCACUGACAUGGAAAGCAAGGAGAGGAAGCGAUCCGAAAUUGAGAAGAAACUGGAGGAGCAAGCAGUUGAAGAGAAGAAAGAAGUGGCAGCCCAGAGAUCUCAGCUGUUCACAGAGCGUCGGAACCAGCAAGCUGAGCUACAGAGAUUGGAGAGAUUGGUUGAUAUUGCAAAAGAGCAAGAAUCUUGGGACGCUCAUACUAAGAAGCUGAGUAACUUUAUACGCACCAAGGCCAAGCCCCCAAUAUUCUACAAGCCAGCCAAGCCCUCGCUAGUGACUGAAAAAAACUUAAUGGACUCCAAGGAACUGCUGAAUGAUAUGAUGAAGAAGCGACGAGCUGAGAUUGAAGCAGAGAUCCAAGAGAUGCAUUCAGAGCACGCUAGCAAGGAGACAGAGCUUGAUGGGCAGGAGAUGACCAAGGUCACCGAGGUAAAGGGUAAGACCAAAGAUAAAAAGAAGAAGCACAGUAAGGGUAAGCAUGAGGAACGCAGAAAUGGGAAACAUAGCGAACCAACAGAUGGAGCGCCCGCAACGGAACCAGGGGAUAGCGAUGACGACGACAAGAGAAAUGCUAAGGAUGUGGCUGCCGACUGGGUUCAAGAGAGGGUGGUUGGAGAAGGGGAGCCAGGUAAGGAUGGGGUUGGGAAACAGGGGUCAGAAUCAUCUUCUUCCGGGGAGGAGGAGGAAGGGGAAUUGCAGGAUAGGAACAGUCAGGAUGAGGCAGCAGGCAUGGCGGAGAAAGCAGCCACCCAUGCUGCUGCUGAUGAUACUGAUGAUGGGGAUCAAGAAGAAGGGAAGGAAAACAUUGAAGCCAACAAGCAGGACUUCCGGAGUGCUUUGUAUCCUGAGGAGGAUCAGAGGCAGGAGUUAUCCUGGGAGGAUGAACCCAUGGAGCAGUGAUGCCAAAAUCAUCACCUUCAAAAACUGUUUUUAUUUCAUAAUGAACUGCACUCUUGUAUGACGACUCAUUAGAUGUCUGUUACACUCCUGGAGUAUACUUCUCUAUCAUAAUAGUGCUACUGCUGACCAUUCAGACUGCACUGUUGGCCCAAUUGAUUUUUACUGUGCAAAGGUAUCAUCUGCAGCAUCUAGAAAAGCGCACACUGCCUAAAGGUUAUUGUGAAGAUAGUGAUGAUAUUUCAUUUUUUAAACCUAGCUAUUUCGUGUGAAGCUAGCGAAAAACAAACUUGUUACUGCAGUAUUUUUUUUUUCAACAUAUUUUUCUUCCAAUUCAUUUGAGUGAUAUUACAGCAGACUGGUUUAUUAUGUGGAUGUAACAGACUUGUAAUCAAGUCCCAUGACAGGUUACAUCAUGACCGUAUCGCAUCAUUUUGUGUUAUAUGAUGUGCUGUAUUAAUAAACAAUCAGCUGGGAUGAUUAAAGAGGAAAGGGUCAAUAAGUUACAAGGUCCUGUCUUUUUGUGUUCACAAAAAAGAAAAAAGAAAAAAAAUUGUUUUCCAAACUUUGCUCGUGAUCAAUUUUUAAUUCACUUUUGAAAGGAGUGUUUAUGUCGGAAUAGAAGCGUUUAGUAUUUGUAACCAAUAUUGGCAAUAACUACAACCAAAUAAACUCUAGAAAAUGUUAACCAUUCAAAUAAAUAAAAAAUGGCACGUUUAAAUGAACAUCAACAUUUCACAAUUUGCAUGCUAAAAAAGUUAAAUCGAAAAUAACGGUCUUCAAAUCUGAAACGUUUUCUCCAGUUUUCUUUUAGUACAUGUAUCGCAUGUUUGCCUUCUAAAGUCCACAAGCAAUGUCCCAUUAUUUACCUUUUAGAACUUGUUGGUCAAAAACAAGACUACACUUGCAUAGUGAGUUGGACCUUUUCUCGAUUUUGGACAUAAUUUAUACUCACUGACUCAGUCAGUCACUCAAUGACUCAGUCUCCCAAUGACUCAGUUAGUCACUCAGAGACUCAGGCAGUCACUCAGUGCCUCAGUCACUCAAUAACUCAGCUAGUCACUCGAUGACUCAGCUAGUCACUCGAUGACUCAGUCUCCCAAUGACUCAGUUAGUCACUCAGAGACUCAGUCAGUCACUCAGUGCCUCAGUCACUCAAUAACUCAGCUAGUCACUCAAUAACUCAGCUAGUCACUCGAUGACUCAGCUAGUCACUCGAUGACUCAGCUAGUCACUCAAUGACUCAGCUAGUCACUCGAUGACUCAGCUAGUCACCCGAUGACUCAGCUAGUCACUCAAUGACUCAGCUAGUCACCCGAUGACUCAGCUAGUCACUCAAUGACUCAGCUAGUCACUCGAUGACUCAGCUAGUCACUCGAUGACUCAGCUAGUCACUCAAUGACUCAGCUAGUCACCCGAUGACUCAGCUAGUCACCCGAUGACUCAGCUAGUCAAUCAAUGACUCAGCUAGUCACCCGAUGACUCAGCUAGUCACUCAAUGACUCAGCUUGUCACUCAAUGACUCAACUUGUCACUCAAUGACUCAGCUUGUCACUCAAUGACUCAGCUUGUCACUCAAUGACUCAGUGCCUCAGUCAGUCACUCAGUUACUCAGUGACUAAGUCAGUGACUAAGUCAGAAGACAGUAGGCUGGCCCAUGUAUCCAGCAAGGGGCAACAUUCUGUAAUACAUGUAUAUCGCAAGUGUAAUUUUCAAGGUUGAAACAUUUUGAAAUUGAUGAAAUCAACUAAAUUUGCCAGUGACGCAUUAACAAACUGGACUUAAGAUAGCAGCAUGUAUACUGACAUUGGAUUCUAUCACGUUGAUAAGAAAUAUUUAGAUAACUUUUUGGAAUCAAAAAUAUUGCAGCGAUGUAGCUUUCAAUGUCAUCGCGACAUUCAGCGUAGUGAAUUAAACCACUCCGGUCAUGUGACCACCUUUUGGGCAAUCACAACUUAAGAUGGACUUAAGUUGUUAGAAAAAAAAAAUGGUUGUGUCAAAGCAAUUUUUUAUUGGCUUUUCUGCAAAGUUGUGGAAAAGCCUUUGUUUUUGUUCUGAUUUUUUUCUUUCCCCUUUUUGUUCUAUCCCAAAUCCCAUAGACUUUGGGCAUUCAUCGUUGUCAUAUAUGACCUGAUUCACAAAAAAGGGUAUUAUGUCGCAGACUAAUGAAAUUUAGUUAUAUAGAUGGUUGGAAAGUAUUUGGUAUAUAAUAGAGCUCCAUAUCCCCUUCUGUUCUGGAGAGACGACGUAUUUGCAUAUUAAUUACUUCCUUGGAGUUUGAAUUACACAACUAAGAAAACAGGCUUUGAAAGAGCUGGCUCAGUUGUAGAUUUGGGCACGAUGCACUAAAAAUUGUAGUUUUUUCCCCCACUUUAUUCAUGAAAAUCAACAUUUCUGUGAAUGAAUCCUGAAACUUUAGGUAAUAAAGACAUUAUUCAUGACAAAACAAAAAGAAAAUUACAUUUUGAUGAAAUUGUCACCCUCUCAAUGAUAAUGCACAGCGCGACUGAAUACUUUUUUUUUUGUGGAGCUGGUCACAUAUAUCAUUCAAAGUUAGCAUAGGCAUAGUCCCUAUAGCAAAGUUGUGUCCUGUGGAGUGAUGUCAUGAUGAGGUCAUUAUGUGUCAUGUGACGUCAUCUUAAAGGUAAAUCUUUCUGUGGCCUAUGUUUGUAGAACUACAAGCUCGAUAAGGUUGAAACUUUGCAUGUACACAUACCGGGAUGUGUUAUAGAUGAAAAUUUAGGUGAUUGAUCACGUGUUUUUAUGUAGAUUUUUGAAAUUUUGAGAUUAUUGCCAUAUCUCACGAACACAACAGCUAAAUUCAAAAUUCUUUUGGUAAUAGGUUUGUUAAGUCGUAGGUAUUUGCAAAAAAAUGUGAAAAUUGUGUGACGUUAUCAUGAGUCAUCACAUAUGCGAAAUAUAAGGGUAGGUCAUAUCAUCAUAAAACUUGGUGGGAAGGUAGAUAAUGAUUACAAGUAGGCAAAACCCGAAAUGACGUCAAGAUGACGUCAUCUAUUGAUUUUUAAUACAAUGUUUAAACUUAUAUUUUGGGCUACUGGCAAGAUUUUACAUUAAAUCAACAAAAUUAUAAUUUACAUGAGUGCACAUCACCAAAAAAACGCAUUAACUAAAAACAAAUCACAAUGUGGCAGAAGUUUUGAUCAUUGCCUGUAAAAAUGGAAUGUCAACUUUUGAUUGUUUUUUUAAAUGUCUGAACAGUAAUAGGUAUCAUGAAUCAAUCUUAAAUCAAUUUUUUUUUUAAAGAAAAAUGGGAAAACAUAAUAACAAAGAAUACAAAAAACAAACGUUCCAGCUGACUGGCCCACUCUGCUUAACACAGACAACACUGAAGUGAGAGGAUUCCUUUGAAGAUAAUGUAUGCCAAAGUAGAAGAUGCAAAUGCUUAGUGUGUGAAACAUAAGGCUUAUUAACAAAACAAAAAGUAAAACAAAGGAAAACUAUUUUGUUUUGGGUAUUGACAUGAAACACAGAAAGACGGAACUUGUAACAUGCUGAUAACUUUCUCUGAUGUUUCCAACAACGAGGUAAGUAUGAUGCUAUCUUUAAUUUUAGUCUCUUGUAAAGCAUAGUUGUAGCCCAGUUUUAAACUUGUGUGUACAUGUAGGUUCAUGUUUUAUCUACGAGGCUGUGUAGAUAUACUGUGAAACGAAGAACUGAACAUCUGCUUUUGUAAUUGUUUCAAAUUGAAAUCUGUUUAAACUUUCAUCCCCCCUUCCCGUCAUUUUAAAGCAAUACAUCAUUAAUCCUGUAUAGAACAUGUAAGCCCCUUCACUCCUUCACAGUUGAUUUUCAAAUCAAAAUAAAACCUUUGAAUAUUCACGGAUUGAAAACAGAGUAAAACCUUGAUCAGAGGGUUUGAGUGGGGAUUUGUAUCUCAUUGUAGGCCAACACCAUUGCAAAGAAUUAGGGAUUAGGCAUAAUUGUGUUUUUUUUGCCCCUGUUUUCAAACCACUUUCUUCCAGCUAAUUUCUUUCUUGCAACAUGAAGUUAUUCAACAUUGUCUGGUAUUUUUUUUUUAAACAGGGAUUUUAUUUCUUAGACUGUAAGUGACCAAGCAAACUACAUUAACGUUCAUGUAUUUGAUUUUACUACUGUCAUUUCUCAUUUCUGUAAUUUUGAUGGUGUCUGAAAAAGGUACUUACAUGUAUUUGGACCAAUAAUUGUGACUUCUCCCUACUGGCUGCCAACAGAAACAUACAAGCAGCUUUGAGUGAAGCCUUGGUUUCAAGUCUGUAACUGAAUGGGUCUUGUUUGUUCAGCCAUGUUAAUGAUACGCACAUAAUGUACUUGGGUUCACAUGCAUGUGAUUUAACUCCCAAUGAGUCAUAUCCCAUCAGAUGAAAUGUUGAAAAGAGUAAUUAAAAAAAUAUUUAACACAGUUCCAUAUUACCAGUGGCACGGAUGGACAAAACCUGACCACUCUUAACUUGAAUUCAAGUCUUCUGUGAGCAGCUUUAAGUCACUGUAUCAGUAUCAAGCAUUUCUUUUUUUCAUAUAGAAAGCAAAAUUAAAUAAACAAAAUUACUGAUUAUUUUACAAACAUGACACAGAACCAUUUAAAUGCAUACUUAUUUUCAGAUUUAGAGUUUGAAGUGGAUAAUCAGAAGAUGUUUUGAAAGGCCAUUGAAAGCAUUGGAGUAUUGCCACUUAUUUGCUUAUAAGUGUACUUUAAACUUCAUGAAAGUUUUAUAAAAGGUGCUCAGGUUGUCAAGAAAAAUAACCAGAAAAGAAGUUUCACAGACAUUCUCAACAUUUGUAAAAUGUUUGAUAGAGUGACCUUUAAAACUGUCGUAUAUUUGGAAGAAUUGACUUAACAUUUCAGCUCAGUGGAAGCUGAAACAAAAAAGCUCUGAAAAUACAUUGUUGUGAAUGAUAGUGACAAUACGCAUCGCAUUAUGCCACUUGACAGUGAUAUGUCACCACCUCACCAAGUUGAGUUCACACCUAUUCCAUUCAUUCUCUCACAACUUGCUUUUCAGGUGCUCAUUGUGACUAUUGAUUGGGAUCCAAAUUAGUCUUAUGAAAUGAAUGUUUUGUACCAGUCCUAUCUUGUACUCGAAACAUAGAUUUUUCCUGAAAACAAAAUUCCUGUUAUGAAGAGCAUUUUAUUGCAUUGGAUAACCAUUACAAAUAAGGUCUUUACAUGAACUGUUUGCCUAAAUACACAAUGGUCACAAAAUGGACUGGCUAUGCUUUUACGGGAGGCAGUUUUCCAUCCUAAAUCUAGGAAGGGCUUAAAGAAAAAGAUAGUCUGACAUAUAUGUGCUUUCAUGCUUGUAAAAUGUGUUACUCAUGUAUAGAAGAAUCCUGUCACCAGAAUAAGAAGGCAUCAUUUGGGUGGUACCAUGUUCUUGUGCAUAAGCCAAUUUCAUGUAGCUCGUUUGCACAGAAAUUUCCCAACAGGCAUAUUUAGCGAACAAAACAGGUUAGUAGCCCAAACUCUCAUGCGGUGUGCAUGGAUUGUGACCGGUAUGUCUACUCAACUGAUUUAUGCACAGUACAGAAAUCGACUCGUCAAUAUUUUCUGCUCAGCGCUUCUGUGAAAUUGGGGUCUAGUCAUACACGUUCUUAAAUUUGAGGUCCAAUUUGUAAACAUGUCAUUGGUACAACAUGUAAAAUCACAAGUGUGUUACCACCUGAGUAAUGGCUUCCAAGUAUCAGCACCAGAAUAGUCUAUGUGUACAUGGCCCAAGAAUUCAAAACAUCUUUCUCCUUGAAACUGAACAUCAAUUGCACCAUUACUUUGUAACUAGUGGGACUACAAUGUGAAAUGGUUUGCUGACUGUAUUCUUUAUUGUCCUAAAUAGAAAGCCAAACAACGACCUAAUAAAAUGAGAACAGAUAUCUAAGAAUAA